AUGACUGAUACUCUGGCUAAUGGAGAUCAACGGAUGCUCUUAGAGACCCUGCAGCAGAUAGAAAUCAUAAAUAGUCCUUUCCCAUUAGAGGCCAAAGAGGAGAAAAAUGCCCACAAAGAUGAUAAGUGUGACGAUGCUAAGGAGCAAGAACAGCGAAAAGCCAGGCAGACACAGACCCAUGGAGUUGACAGUGAGAUUGAGAAGAUGCGGUUGGACUUUGAGCUGACUGUACUGAAGCAGCAGCAUGAGGAGAAUGAUAAACAACGGUUGCAUGAGGAAAAGAUGGAGCAAAUACGCCAGGGAUCUCCCUCCAGAACUGGUGCUCAUGGGGAAGAGGACCAGCUUGGGGGUAAGCUGGACCCCAUUACAGAAAUUGAACUGGAAAAGAUGCGCAUGGAAUUUGAACUGGCCAAACUGAAGCACAUCUCUGAGGAGAAUGAGAGGCAGCGACAGCAUGAGCGAAAAAUGUAUGAAGAGAAGGAGAAACAGAGGCAGCAUGAAGAGAAGAUGGAGCAAAUGCGCCAGCGGCCAGGAAACCUCCACAUAGUGAGCCAGAAGGUAUCUCGGUGUGGCAUGGCAGAAGCCACAGCUGAAACAGCUUCUGUGGCCUUUGCUGAGAUAGGUAAGAUGAGGAUAGAGCUGCAGCUGGCUGUGGAAGUGUACAUGCCAGAGAUGAAAGAAAGGAAGCUCUCCAGUGAGCAGAAUGGGCAUCAAGAGAGCCCAAAACAUGAGCAGAAAUUGGAGACCCCCUCAGAGGCAAAAAAAGCUGAAGUGCCCCCAGAGCAACGGAAUGAUGGGGUGACCGAACACCUGGGCCUACAGGUGCCACGUAUUGUGGUGAGUGGGGCAGAGUCAGAGUGGUCAAGCAGCAGACUGGACUUAGCCAUUGAGACGGAGCUGGAGAAGAGGCGGAUGGAGUUUGAACUGACAAGGCUGAGAUAUGAGCAUGAAGAGAAUGAACGACAGCGCCAGCAUGAGCAGAAAAUGGAGCAGUUGCGUCAGCAAAUACCACCCAAGGAUAUAGCAUAG